GGCCCAGCGCGGGACACACGCUGACACACGCAGCCGCAUUCCUGUACAGGCUCGCCUGCGCCACGCCUUGGGGCGCACGACGCAGGCAGACGCUCGGUCCGCUUGUCGUCUUUGGACAGACGUUCCGGCUGACGCGCAAAAGUCAACUUAAAAAAAAAAACAAAACAAAAAAAAACAUCUUCCCACGUCUUCCAGAGCGCCGCCGCCAUGGACGGAGGAGGUUUGUCGGAGAAAGCGGUGCGGGACGCCUGCAAGGACGGAGAUCCCGCCACCAAGGACUACAUGAUGCAGCAGACCAUGCUGAGGGUGAAAGAUCCCGCUCGCUCCCUCGACUUCUAUACGCGAAUCCUCGGAAUGACGCUGCUGCAGAAGAUCGACUUCCCGUCGGUACACUUCAGCCUUUACUUCCUGGGUUUCGAGAACAAGGCCGACAUUCCGUCUGACAUCCGGGAGAGGACGGCCUGGACUUUUUCCCGACGAGCCACCUUGGAGCUUACCCAUAACUGGGGCUCAGAGUCGAACGCAAGUUUGUCUUACCACAAUGGAAACAGCGACCCCAUCGGCUUCGGUCACAUUGGCAUUGCCGUGCCCGACGUCGGCAUCGCUUGUCACUUGUUUCAAUCUUUGGGCGUCAGAUUCAUCAAGAAACCGCACUCUGGCAAGAGGAAAGGUCUGGCCUUCAUCCAGGAUCCCGACGGCUACUGGAUCGAGAUCUUCACUCCGGACAAGAUGGCGGCCUUGAUGGCGCCUUGAUGCCGAUCUGCUGACGGAUUCCAGAAUGUGGUGGCAAACGGCCGCCCGUUUGUUUAUUCUUACCCCGGUUACAAGUCGUGGCCUUUCAAAGCUCAGCCCCAACGUCUCUUUUGGAUGUCUUGACGUGUCAAACGAGGUGAUGUCAUCACCAAGCAGCGGUGAUCCCGUCAUCCUACGGUGGAGGCGACGUCAUCGUGAGAGGUUUUUGUUCUGAGCGAGGUUCUUUUUUUGGGGGGGGGCAUGAUGUUUGUGUGAAUGUUUCUUUUUUGGCCUAUGACAAUAUAUUUGGCAAGCAUAAGAGUUUUUCUGGCAUGUGGGGAAAAUUGUCUCGUGAGUUUUUGGGCGAAUGUGAGCGAUUCUUCGUGUCAAGAGGUUUUUUGGCACGUGUGAGAGGAUAUCAAGUUGGCGGCUUGUAACUGGGAAAUCAAUUCCUUGCGUGUUUGACAUACUUGGCCAAUAAAUCUGAUUGUGAUCCUCUAAGAA